AGGUGGCAGAGGAGUAAGGGAGAGGGAGGAAGUGUGAAAGACAGAGAAAGCAAGCCAGACUCAAAGAGAGGGAGAAAGAGAGAGAGAUGGGAGAGGAGUUUGUGAUCACCAGUGUUUUUUGCUUGCUGAGUCUUAUUAUAGAUGUGAAGGCAAAAGGAAAAGUUUCUGUCAGCUCAAUUAUGGAUGGAAGCUCCAGAUAGUUAGCUGAGUGGGUGAAGCUGUUUCUGUGUAGGGGACACAGUAACAGGUCCAAGGAGAAGCGGGGAAGGGAACUGCUGUAGAUGGACAUUUGCUUGAGAGCAGGCACGUUAAGGACACUUCGAGAAGGACACACUAUGAACGGGAACAGGACUCUGUCUUGGUGACAAGGACACCUUCAUCUCCUGAACGAGUAAAUUGUUCACAGUUACCACACAGGUAGCCAUCUGAGACGGACAGGUCCACUCUUCUGAAUAUGGCCACAAUGGCUGCUGGUGGGGAAACACAGUUGGCUGACACAAACACACUCCAUCUCCAUGCUGAGCCUGACACACCCAGAGAACCCAACCAGUAUCAAGAACUUGUAUCAGCAAGAUGUUAAGUGUAGCCAAGCAGUACUGUUUGGGGCCUCCAUCAUGGACAAUGUGACACCUGGCACCCCUCCUGAUGGGCUGGAGCAGCAGGGUUACAACUACCUGGCACUCGUCCUGGGUGUGCCCUUAAUUCUGAUCAUCAUCCUGGGCAAUGUUCUCGUGUGUCUGAGCGUGCUCACAGAGCGCUCGCUGAAAACAGCCACUAACUACUUCAUUAUCAGCCUGGCUGUUGCAGACCUGCUGCUUGCCCUGCUCGUGCUGCCUCUCUAUGUCUACUCUGAGUUUCUGGGUGGCAUCUGGACCUUGAGCACAUACAUUUGUGACGCUCUGAUGACCAUGGACGUCAUGCUGUGCACCGCCUCCAUCCUCAACCUGUGUGCCAUCAGCGUUGACAGAUACAUCGCAGUGGUGGUCCCUUUAAAGUACAACAGGAACCAAUUCAGUGUGCGCCAGCUAGCCCUCAUCACCGCCACCUGGGUCCUCUCCCUUGGUGUGGCGAGUCCUGUCAUCUUUGGCCUCAACCAAGUGCCAGGCCGCGACCCCACCGUAUGCAAGCUAGAGGAUGACCGCUUUGUGGUUUAUUCCUCAGUCUGCUCCUUCUUCGUGCCUUGCCCUGUCAUGCUCUUCCUAUACUACUGGAUGUUCCGCGGCCUGCGGCGCUGGAGCACGGGCCGGAGCCGGUCCGAGGUGGCACGGAGCGGCCGCCGUACCCUCUCCUUACGCCUCAGCUCCGCAUUGCGCAGGGAGAAAACCGGGAAGACGGGGAGCCGGGAGAAAGUGGUGUACGUCAUGCCCGUGGGGCUGAGUCCUACAUCUCCAUCGACCAUGUCCAUGGCAUCGCCCACAGCGACCCCAGUGGCAGAGGAACAGCAGGACGGGGCAGGCAUUGUGCCUGAGAGUGACCCCAUGACAACACAGAUGGACAGUGUAUCAGAUGCAGAUCCCGCUGAGAGGCCGCCCAGGGAGGGGAGCUCCCGGGAAAAUGGCCUGGCCAAGGCACCUGGAGCAAAGAGAGGACGACGCAACAGCAAGAGCAGCAGAGUGAGCGGGAGGGAACGCAAAGCUAUGAAAGUCCUGCCGGUCGUCGUGGGUGUGUUCCUGGCCUGUUGGACCCCCUUCUUCGUGGUUCAUGUCACCAAGGUACUUUGUGAGUCCUGUGCCAUUGGCCCGACACUCAUCUCUGUUGUAACGUGGCUCGGUUACGUAAACAGUGCCGUUAACCCUAUAAUCUACACUGCGUUCAAUGCAGAGUUUCGGAAUGUCUUUCACAAACUGCUCUGCUGUCGGACAUGAGUCACCACGCCCCGGAGCAUCGCGUCUUCAAAAAUACUGUGUAUGGUCUGUGGCUCUGACAAGCCUCAAAUGUCCUUGGCUGUCCUACUCUGCUGUGUGAUGUGACAGCUGGGUUUUUAGGAUUCUCCUCUCGGGUAUGAGACCUGUCCUACAGGAAUGUUCUUCAAAAACUUGGCAAUCCCCACAUGUUAAAUGAUUCAUUCCACACAUUUUGUUUUCUGGCUUUCAGUUCAGGACACGCAGGAAGUUGAACCAACGAGAACAAGAUGCUCUUUGACGAAUGCCUUAGUUCACUGGUGGACUGGAAGACAAUGACUGUAUCAUAUUUUGUAAUGACUGUAUCAUACCUUGUGAAGGUUUUUCCUCUUGUGAAUUAAAUGAAUACAAUAAUCAUUAAUACUGUUACGCUUACAGCCCAGAGGCAUAAAAUAUGUGAACAUGUGCAGAAUUUCAAAUUAUGUAUGUACUUUGAUAUGCUGUUUUUUUCAUACUCAUAGUACAUUUUGAUGUUACGUAUUAUUCUAUUUUCAUUUCAAAAUGUGCAGGUUUGCAAAAAAGUGUCAUGGUAUUUUUAUUUUUAUUCUCUUUCUUUUUCCCAAAAAACUGUUGAAAUAUUUUUUUUUAGGUCAGAGCAUGGCGGCUGAGGCAAACAUGGAAUUUGCCUAAAUGCAGGGUGACAGAAAAAAAAAAUUAUAUAUAUGAGAGAGCAACAGAAAGAUAUAUAUAUUAUGAAUGUUUACACAGGACUGUCUUCAAGGCAUAAGGAAAUAUUGUGGAAGCUGUAAAAGAGGAUAUCAUUUGUAGUAGUUUCAUCUGUAAAGUGCUAUGAAAGUGCUGUGAAGAGGUGAAUGUGGCAAUAUGUAGCUUAAACACCAAUAUUUGUCAUUGAUGGAAAAAUAAU